UUUGAUUGGCGGAGAACGAUGGCGACGCUGCGGCACCGAGCGCUGCAAGAGAAAGACCGAUGGAAGGAGUCGUCCGACGCUAGCCGCCGCCUUCGUCCGCUGCCCUUUUCUCUAGUGGAGAACGAAGACAAGCAAAUCGUCCUUGAUCGCAUACUGCAUGAACUUACACCCCUCCUUCCUGCCGUGGCGCCUCUGAAAGUUGUCGCGAUCGGUGUCAACGCAGUCACGCGGCUCCUCGAGCGCCACCAGGCCAGCGUCGUUGUCCUUGCCAUGAACCCGUCGGUGCAGCCUGCCGCAUGGCACAUCAUGUCUAUGGCAAGCAUGUUUGCCGUCCCUAUCUGUGUGCUGGCCACCACGUCCCAAGAACUUGGCGAUGCCAUGGGGCUGAAGGCUGCGUCCGCCGUAGCCCUCGCAUCCAUUCCGGACAACACUGGUGGGUCCAUAUCGUCGUCGUCGUCAGAAACCCACGUGGAUCCAAAUGUGUCGAGACAGUUUGCUUCCAUUGCAGCGUACCUCGAGUCGAAGCAAUCAAUCGUUAGCCAGCCUCACGUCGUCCAGGUGCUUAAAUAUAAAUGAUUAUCGGUCCAUCCUACUCGUCGGACAACUACUAUAUCAACCCUUUGUUUCUUCGCCUUCGGUCUGCCUUUCCUGGAGCUUAGCCUCCAUUCUCGCCACCGCUUCGGUCAGCAUGUUGAGCUUGGUGCUGUUACUGCCCAAGCGCACGUACAAGUCGCCUUGCUGCGUGGCAAUCUGCUGUUGGGUCAACGUAGUCUGACUCAAGAGCGUCAUCAGCAUCGUUUCCAUGGAGCUUCCAUCGGUAGCCUCUUCCUCGGACGACUGCCGCGGGUGCUCGGUGGUCGGCAUAAAGUUCCCUGGCAUCGAAGUCGUAAAGUCGUCGACGCUGGACCGCCGCUGGCUCGCGCACGAUGUUGUGGCCAUGUCCAGGAUGUCCAUCGAGUAGCUUCGCACUGGCUUCUCCAUCUUCGUCGACACCAAGCUCCCUCGCCCCGCGAUCGUCUGGUCCUCAUCAAAGUAGCACGGGACGGACAUGGUCGUCGUGACCCGAAAGCUCUCGUCCAGCGAUGCCUUGCGCACAGACCGAAGGCGGCGCUCCACAAGCAUCUUGGACACCAUGUGGCCCAACCUCACGAGUUUCGACAUGUCCACGUCGAAUUCCGUGCGCGGUUCCGCAUCCAGUACGAAGAUCGUGCCCACGGCGACACUUUCGACCACGAUCGGCACGCUCGCAUAGAACCGGAACUGGCCGGCGCCAGUCACGAGCGGGUUAAAGCAGAAGCGCUCGUCCACGCGGGCAUCCAGCACCACCACCGGCUGGUUCAAAUACAGAGUAUGCGUGCAAAAUGACACUGUCCUUGGCAUUUCUACGUUCACAUGUGGCGUUGGGCACAGAUUAGACCUCCUCUCUCAACCCAAGUAAGCAGCAUACGCCCAGAGGAAAGGAUAACUAACGCCCUUGUUUGCAUUCAUGGAAACUAUAUACUAGUAUAUAUAUAAAUAUAAAUAUAUA